UAAGCUACAUACCCAAAUAUUCUCUCUUUGUCAAGUGGCAUUAUAUAUAAAGGGAAAAUUUUUAUUUGUAAAUAAACCAAAAAAAAAAGGAAAAAAGAGACAGAAAAAUGGUUCUGUCAAGAAUUGAGACAGUAGAGGAGACAGAAGCACAUAUUAUUAGCUCUGUGUUUGCUUCAAGAUACGCUCAUGAACCUCUUCCCAAGUAUAAGAUGCCGAAGAAGUCAAUCCCAAGAGAAGUGGCGUACCAAAUCAUACACGAUGAGCUAAUGUUGGAUGGUAACCCAAGGCUUAAUUUGGCAUCCUUUGUCACAACUUGGAUGGAACCUGAAUGUGAUAAGCUCAUGUCUGAAGCCAUCAACAAGAACUAUGUCGAUAUGGACGAGUAUCCUGUCACUACUGAGCUCCAGAAUAGGUGUGUAAAUAUGAUCGGGCGCUUGUUUCAUGCACCAUUAGAGAAUAGCAAACAUGGACAAGCAGUCGGAGUGGCAACAGUGGGGUCAUCGGAAGCAAUAAUGUUGGCCGGAUUAGCUUUCAAGAAGAAAUGGCAAAAUCAAAGAAAAGCAGAAAGGAAGCCCUAUGAUAGACCAAAUAUUGUAACUGGCGCCAAUGUCCAGGUGUGCUGGGAAAAAUUCGCAAGGUACUUUGAUGUAGAGCUGAAAGAAGUGAAGCUAACUGAAGGUUGCUAUGUGAUGGACCCCGUGAAAGCGGUCGAAUUGGUGGAUGAGAACACAAUAUGUGUGGCUGCUAUUCUAGGAUCAUCCCUUAACGGAGAGUUUGAAGACGUCAAGCUGUUGAAUAACCUACUUGCCAAAAAGAACAAGAAAACCGGAUGGAACACUCCAAUACACGUAGAUGCAGCAAGCGGAGGAUUUGUGGCACCAUUUGUAUACCCAGAGCUCGAAUGGGAUUUUAGACUACCGUUGGUGAAGAGUAUAAAUGUAAGCGGCCAUAAGUAUGGUCUUGUUUAUGCCGGAGUUGGGUGGGUCCUCUGGAGGAGCAAAGAAGAUCUUCCCGAGGAGCUAGUCUUCCAUAUCAACUACCUUGGCGCUGAUCAACCUACAUUUACUCUUAAUUUCUCGAAAGGAGCAAGCCAAAUUGUCGCACAAUACUAUCAGUUCCUAAGGCUGGGAUUUGAGGGGUACAAAAAUGUCAUCAAAAAUUGCAUAAAUAAUGCAAGAACACUCCAAAAAGGAUUGCAGAAAAUGGAUAGAUUUGAUGUCGUCUCGAAAGAACAAGGGAUACCACUUGUGGCCUUUGCCUUCAAAGACGAGUAUAAAAGUCUCGCAUUUGACCUCUCAAAAGCCUUGCGGCACUAUGGAUGGAUUGUACCAGCAUACACAAUGCCCGCUGACAUUGAGCACGUCACAAUCCUCCGGGUUGUGGUCAGAGAGGACUUCGGGAGGCAAAUGGUCGACAAACUACUCUCACACAUACAACAAGCACUAGUAGAACUCAAAGAACCUGUUCCAAGGAUUAGUUUCACAGUGGAAGUCCAACCAAGCGAAGGUGAUACAAGUGGCUCGUUGCACAUACCAGAAACCUCGGUUCAUUGGAAGAAAGACAAGCAAAAUGUGAUUCAUAAGGACGUAAAAGUAACAGGCGAAAAGACCAAGGGUGUCUGUUAAAUUCCAUGUUAGCAACUUAGCAUAGAAGCCCUCAAUCUAUGAUAUUAAGAACUGAAAAGUACUGUAUUAUUUCUAUAAUGAAAUAGAAUAAAAUACAUAUAAUUCUGAAAA